UAGGUCGUCGGUGCGCGCGGCGCCGGGCGCUGGGAGCCGUGGCCGCAGAAGUGUGACGAUGUCGUCGAAGUCGGCGCUGUUGCUUGGCCUCUUCGGUGUGGCCGGCACGCUGUGGUCGCUGAGUACCGCGGCGCUCCUGCUAGCCGUAGCUUACCUUGUCACGGGUGGCUGGCGCACACUGCGCCUGUUAGUGCGAACGGCGCCGCGUGAUGUGCUCGCUGCCAUCGGCUACAUGCGCCUCAACUGGUACAUGCACCGGCGCGUGGCCCAAGACACCACUGUGGCGCGCGUGUUCGCGUCGCUAGCACGCCGGCAGCCGGACAAGCCUUGUUUAGUGACAGCGCAGCGCACCUGGACGUUCUCCCAAGUGCAAGACUACUCGGAGCGCGUUGCGUGUGCGCUUGCGGCGCUGGGAUUGCGACCCGCCGACGAAGUAGCUUUGCUCACCGAGUCUCGACCCGAGGCUGUCAUGCUGUGGUUGGGCCUGUCCAAGCUGGGCGUUGUGUCAGCUCUCAUCAACUACAAUUUGAAACAGGCUUCCCUCGCACACUGUAUCUCUUGCGUGCGCAGUCGUGCUGUUGUGUUCACACGCGCGCUGCUGGAACCGUUGCGCGAUGCCCGACCCCUGAUUGCAGAGAAGCUUGGCACCGAGCCGCUCUACGUCUGUCUCGACGCCGAUGUGAAGGAUUUGGGCGCGCCGGUGACCUGGCUGGAGCCCCUGUUGCAAGCUGCCGAACCCAGCGCCCCACCAUACCGCGGCGGCAUGGACGACCUGCUGUAUAUCUACACGUCCGGCACGACGGGCCUUCCCAAGGCUGCGAUCAUCAAGCAGCGUCGGUUCUUCAGCAUGGCCAGCGCUGUGCGCCACAUGAUGCCCAUGCGAGACGAUGACGUUCUGUACGUCUGCCUGCCGGUGUACCACGUGGCCGCAGGCGUGCUGGCCUUGUCCCAGACGCUCCUGUUCGGCAACACAGCCGUGCUGCGGCCACGCUUCUCGGCGUCCGCCUUUUGGGAGGAUUGCGCGCAGUACGGGUGUACUGUGGCCCAGUACAUCGGUGAGACGUGUCGUUACCUGCUGGCGCAGCCGCCUCGCCCACAGGACCGUGCGCACCAUGUCCGCCUCAUGUUCGGCAACGGCCUGCGGCCGCAGCUGUGGCGCCCGUUCGCUGAGCGCUUCGGACUGGCCGACCUCCGGGAAGUGUAUGGCGCCACCGAAGGCAAUGCCAACCUGGUCAACACCGACAACCGUCCUGGAGCCGUGGGCUUCUUUCCCGUGUUGUUCAUGCUGUGGCCCGCGUUGGGCGAGCGCCUGCUGCCCAUCAAGCUGGUGCGCGUCGACGAGACGACUGGGCUUCCGCUGCGCGACAAGUCGGGCAUCUGCCUCGCUUGCGGGCCCGGUCAGGUGGGUGAGCUCGUGGGCAAGGUCGAGCGCUCUCACAUGCAUCAAUUCGACGGCUACGUGAACAAAGAGGCCACGCAGAAGAAGCUCUACCGCGACGUAUUCCGCAAGGGCGACAUGGCGUUCGCCUCGGGAGACCUGCUGGUCACCGACGAGCUGGGCUACGUCUACUUCCGCGAUCGGACGGGUGACACCUUCCGCUGGAAGGGCGAGAACGUCUCCACGGCCGAAGUGGAAGGAGUGGCGGCGCAGGCACUGGGGUUGAGCGACUGCGUUGCAUACGGCGUCUCGUUGCCGGGAACCGAGGGUCGUGCCGGCAUGCUCGCUGUCCAGGACCCCGAACGGCGCACUGACUUGGACGCGCUGCUUGCUGCUCUGCGGCGCCAGUUGCCCGUUUAUGCGGUGCCCCUCUUUGUGCGACUCACGCGCGCCGUCGACACCACGUCCACGUACAAGCUGAAGAAGGGUGAGCUGCAGCGGCACGAGUAUCACCUCGACCAGCUGAGCGGCGAUCCGUGCUUCUUCUUGGACCAGACCGCCGGCCGCUACGUGCCGCUCGAUCGAGACCUGUAUGAGCGCCUGAGUGCCGGCGUGUGUCGCCUCUAGAGUGCGCGGACUCGCCCGGAGCCGCACUCCUGGCCUUCUUCUGGUCGGCCAUCUUGCCUUGAACGAAACGUCCUUGUACACAGAGUAGCAGAAUAGGUCGUCUUUACAUGUAUUUUUUUACGCCAGAGAAUGCUUAUCGCGCGGGACCAUGCGCGAGCGAGAGAUGUUACUUAUUCUGCCUGUUGAUCACAUAUAAAGGCAUGGACUAUGCCCAAAAA